AUGAAUGCUGGUGAUAUUCACAAAAAUCCUGGACCAUUUCCCAGUCAUUCUUCUUUCUCUUCAGUCUCCUCAUGUUCUGGUAUUUCUGAUAUUUUGAGUCUAAGUAACAACUUAUCUUUCGUCCAUUAUAAUGUUCAAAGCAUCUACAACAAGAUCGAUAUCCUUGCGUCUGAGCUGACCGACUUUGAUAUUUUAGCUUUCACUGAAACCUGGUUAAAUGAUUCCAUCUCAGAUGAUGACCUUCUUAUACAUUCUUUCCAUCCAGCGAUUCGCAAAGACAGAUUUGGGGACAGUCAUGGCGGAGUGGUGAUUUAUGUUAAGGAUUGCAUUCACUUCAAACGUAGACCCGACCUCGAACCCAAUCGAUUGGAAUGCCUUUGGAUUGAACUCUCUCUUCGAAACAACAAACGGAUACUUUUCGGAACCUUCUACCGUCCCCCAGGUUCUGACUCUGUCUACAACACUCUUUUAGACGAUUCAUUUUCUCUUGCUAUCGAUACCGGUAUUCAUGACAUAAUCGUAACAGGUGAUUUCAACUGGAACAUUAUGGACCAACGCUCCAACUUAAAAAUUGCCUCACUUUGUCAAGAAAAUAAUUUCGCCCAAUUGAUCCAAGAGCCUACGCAUUUUACAGAGAACUCAAGCUCUAUACUUGACUUCUUCUUCGUUUCUAAUCCAAGAUCUGUUGUAGCUUCCGGUGUCAGUGAUCACUUCCUGGAACAGGAGCUCAGAUAUCAUUGUCCCACGUACUGUAUUCUUAAAUUCUGUAAACCUAAGCCAAUUACGUUUACAAGGCUUAUUUGGAUGUAUGAUCAAUGCAACUUUGACCUCUUGCGACAAAGUCUUUCGUCAGCAGAUUGGGAAUCGUGUUCCAACGCAGAUGUCAAUGCGUACGUUUCUAACAUAACAGACACAAUUUUAUCGAUAUGUAAAAACCUUAUUCCAAAUAAAACUGUUACUGUACGUCCUAGAGAUGUCCCAUGGAUGACAAGCGCAAUACGACGGUGUAUUCGGAGGCGUAAACGUGCAUAUAAAAAAGCAAAACUGUCGGGAUCUGUCGAGCACUGGUCUAAAUUUCGAAGGAUCCGUAAUGACACUAUACGUUCCAUCAAGCAGGCCAAAUCCACGUACUACAUUAAUCUCGUAGACAAACUUAAAACCUGCACAUCUUCUUCGAAAGACUGGUGGAAUACAUUGAAGCCUUUCAUAACUAAAGAUUCUUCUGUUUCUAUCCCACCCCUUAUCGAUCCUGUCACUAAUAUGCCAACCACAAGUGAUGCAGAAAAGGCUGACCUUUUAAAUACGUACUUUGCAAAUCAGACUCAACUAAAUGAUGACGGUAAAAUUCCACCGAAUCCAACCGUCCCUCCAGUUGAACGCCAGCUAUCAUCUGUGACUCUUAUCCAGAAUGAAGUUGAGGAUGUUCUCAGAAACUUGCAAAUAGGGAAGGCUUCUGGUCCCGACGGAAUUAGUAACCGUAUACUGCGCGAGGCUUCUCGGCAACUUGCCGGCCCUCUCUGUUCUUUAUUCAACUAUUCUCUGCACUCAGCAAACGUUCCUCUGUCCUGGAAAGAUGCAAACGUGUGUGCUGUUUUUAAGAAAGGCGACUCCUCUCUCCCAAACAACUAUCGGCCUAUAUCCCUUCUCAGCUGUGUAGAAAAAGCAUUUGAAAAAGUUUAUUUAAACAUAUUUACAAUCACCUUCAUGACACAAAUUUUCUAA